AUGUCACCGCCUACAUCUACUCCCAAGACCCAGACCAUGGGAAAGCAGGACGAAUUUUCGACGGCAAUUGCCGAGGAUCUCGCCGAGUGGGCGUCUCAUCUCUUCCCGGAUCUUGCCGGCGAUCUGAAAGGCGACAAUUUCUUUGACCAAAUAUCCGACGGCAUACUGCUGUGCCAGUACGCAACUCAGCUACACCAGCGCAUGACUGAGAGCAGGUCAGGCUCUAAGGAGAGUAGCAAGCGACGACUACAAGGGGUCCGUGUUGCAAGUGCUAGGGCUUUCCUUCCCAUUGAGCCUCCAAAAUAUCAUUCACGGGAAUUCGGACCACGAAGCCGGGCGGGUGCUCCCUUCUGGGUACGGGAAAAUAUAGCCAGCUUCCUAAAAUGGUGUCGCUCAGUAGGAUUUCCCGACAGCAUCCUCUUUGAGACAGAGGACUUGGUAUCAAGGAAGAAUCUGCGCAGCGUGACUGUCUGCCUCUUGGAAGUGGCUCGCCUAAGUGGCAAAUUCGGAGUGGAGGUGCCGGAGAUAGUGCACCUUGAGAAGCAAAUCGAUGCAGAACUAGCUGCCGAGCGUCGCGGUGUGUCUAAACGGGAAGGGGUGGUCAAGCCCUCUACGCCUAAAAAUAACAGUCCGGUUGCGGACGUAUCUUCUUUGGAUGAAGUCGUAAGUUAUGCUUAUACAUGA